AUGUCUAGCAAGCGUGAGUUGGUGCUUCUCGUGAUCGGUGUGUUGCUACCGUCCAUCAUCCGCGCGGUGGAUCCUCGUGAUCUGUACAGCUACGUGGACGAAGCGAGCGAGGUGCUGCCCCGAGGUGAUGAAGAAUUCCGGUACAUGGAUCUGGACAUGCCAGCCCACUUCUACAACGAAAAAUACGACCGUGUUUACAUCAACACCAACGGCAUACUGUCGUUCGGCGGCGAGCUGACAGGCUUCCUGAAUCUGCCCUUCCCGCUCGGCAACCCAUUGAUUGCUCCGUUCUACGCGAAUGUCGAUACGACCCUACCGAACGAUACGGCCACGAUCGUGUACUUUAAGUCGCGCAAUCCGAACCUACUCCACCAAACGACGAUGUUGGUGCACAACAGCUUCAGCAAUCAUGUGGAUUUUGAGGCAGCGCAGGUGUUUGUAGCCACCUGGGAGCACGUGGGGCACUACAACCUGAAGAACGACGUGCUGAACUCGUUCCAGGUCGCGAUCAUACUGGGUGCGACCGAUACGUUCGUGCAGUUCCUGUACCCGGAGGACGGCAUCCACUGGAUCCAGGGCGAAACCGGUGACAGCGGUCUGCCGGAUGUGCGUGCGCAGGCUGGCUUCGCUGCGGAGGACGAUCGUACGUUCACGCUGCCCGGGUCUGGUACCGAUAAUGUACGCCAUUUGACCAUAUCGUCCAACAUCAACCAGCCUGGGCUGUGGUUGUAUCGCGUUGGACCACUCGCACCGGAAGGGAACGUCGAGCGGCCGGAUCAGCAGCGAGAACCGGGCGAACCACGAAGCUGUACGGACGGUGGUCGCUACAAGUGCCACUCGGCGGCGUCCUGUAUUAACAGCAACUGGGGCUUCUGCUGUCAGUGCAAAUCCGGCUACUAUGGCAAUGGGUUCAGCUGUGUUAAGAGCGACAUUCCGCUGCGAGUGGCUGGUAAGGUACUCGGUACGGUCAACGGCGAAGUACUUGAUACCCAGCUGCAAUCGUACAUCGUAAUGGCGGACGGGAGAACGUACACCGCGAUCAGCCCGCUAGAGGAGCAGAUGGGCACUAACCUACAGCUGACCCACAUUCUCGGUGGCACGAUUGCGUGGCUGUUCGCAAAGCCACUGGGCGCCACGGUCAACGGUUACCAGCUGACGGGUGGACAGUUCAAUCACACCAGUACGCUCCAGUUCGAGACGGGUGAAAUGUUUCACAUCAAGCAGAAGUACAGCGGUUUGAACGUGUGGGAUCAGCUUGCGCUGGAUGUGGAGCUGUCUGGACAGCUACCCGCAAUUCCGGCGCUGGAGAAGCUCCAGCUCGAUGAUUACUCCGUAUCGUUCCGCCGUUCGGGCAGGGGACGGUUGCAAGCGGUUAGUUCACACAGCUUCCGGAUGGCGUCACAGGGUCGCAACGUUUCCUACACCCUGUACCAGGACGUCACGUACGAAGGAUGCCGUGGCAACGAGGACGCCAAUGCGGGCAAGGACGAGUCAAUGCUGAAGAUCAGCCGUGUUAAUCUGGGCUACGAACCGCGCGAGCGUGCCGUGCGGAUGGGAAUGCUCAGCAAGAUGGUGGUCGGUGAUCAGUUCAAUCCCUGCGAUGAAUCCAACUGCGGAGAUAAUACGGUUUGCGUCCCCAAACCGGACGAUACCUUCGAUUGCAACUGCAAGAACGGUUUCACCUACGUACCUUACGGUAAAACCGAUCGCAUCAACUGUGUAGACAUCGACGAGUGUGCAGGAAUUAAUAUCUGCGACGAAAACGCACAGUGUUACAACGAACCGGGUGGUUAUAGUUGCCGCUGCAAUCCGGGCUACGACGGCAAUGGGUAUCAGUGUGACAAAUUUACCGGCCACAGUCAACCGACCUCAUCUUCGUACACCGUAUCAACGCCGGCGGGUAGUUACGGUAGUUACAACGAGGUGGACAGUGACCCGAACCAGGAAGAGCCGAAAUACGCCCCGGAAACCUGUGGGCAAUGCGCGGAAUUUGCCGAAUGUGUCGACGGCCAGUGCGUGUGUCGGUCGGGGUACGUCGGUGAUGGUGAACGGUACUGUGACCCGCCAUGCGAAGCGGAUAGCGUGUGGAAUGGGGAAGAAUGCGUGAAGGAGUCGUACGCGGAGGAGGAAGAGAUUGCACCAUUCUGUACGAUUCUCGGCUGCACCUGUCCCACCGGUUACACGCUGAUUGAGUUCGCGUUCAACCAAAUAUGUCGCCGGGUACCGUUGGAUCCGGAUGAGGUCCACCCAACCGAUAUGCCUUCGUGCGAUUUGGAAAACAACUGCAGUCCGCAUGCAAACUGUGAGUGGCGUGACAGCGUGUACCGGUACGAGUGUAUCUGCAAUCCCGGCUACGAUGGUGACGGGUACACGUGCGUGGAGAAGGAAAUAUCCUGCCAGGACGAUGAUGACAUCUGCGACAUUCACGCAUCGUGCAACUACAUUCUCGAUUUGAAGAUGUCGAUCUGUGUGUGCAACAAGGGUUACGAAGGUGACGGCCGCACUUGCCAUCUCGCGCCGGAAUGUGCCGUCGAUGAUGACUGUGGCAUGAACUCGGAAUGUCAGGAUGGUGUGUGCGUUUGCCAGCAGGGCUACGAACGGGACCUGUCCGACUUCUGCGUCCGGGCGGGAUCGUGCGGUGGCGCAUACUGUGCCGAGAAUGCGGUGUGUAUCGUCGAUCCGAUACAGAAAAUUCCCUACUGUCAAUGCCCACCGGGCUACAUCGGUGAUGGCGUGUCGCAGUGCCGUUCGAUCCCACCGCCGUGCAAUGUGCGCAAUAACUGUGGACUGCAUGCGUCGUGUGUGCCGAGUUACAGAGAACAAUAUGCGUUCGAGUGCAUGUGCAACCAGGGCUUCUUUGGUGAUGGAUUCAUCUGCACACCGGAGCGAAACUGUGCCAACAUCCCAAGCCUUUGCGAUCCGAACGCACGCUGCGAGUCGACUACGAACGGCUACCAGUGCAUCUGCAACGAUGGAUUUAUCGGGAAUGGGUCCGUGUGCAAUACGGCCCACCGGCUAGACGAUGGUUUCCUGCUCAUUAGCCAAGGUGUCGCCAACAUACGCGUGCCGCUGAACGGUGGGCUGGGUUACCCGGUCACGAUGGCUUUCAUGUCGAUCGGACUGGAUCGUGAUUGUGCCGAGGGGCGCAUCUACUGGAGCGACAUCGCCGCCCAGCAGAUCGUCAGCGCGAAGUACGACGGCACGGAUCAGAAGCCCUUCAUCACCAAGGACAUUGUGUCACCUGAAGGAGUGGCGGUCGAUUGGAUUUCACGCCGCCUCUACUGGACCGAUUCGGAGAAGGACACGAUCGAGGUUGCCAGUUUGGAGAAUCCUGACCAGCGUGCGGUGCUCGUUUCCAAGUAUCUCGUCAAUCCGCGCGGCAUUGCGGUCGAUCCGCACCAGAGCAAGCUGUACUGGUCGGACUGGAACCGUGAUGGGGCGAAGAUUGAGUGGUCCAAUCUGGAUGGAACCGAGCGACAACUGUUGGCGGGCAGCCCCCAGGUAGUGCUACCGAACAGCAUCCAAGUGUCGAUGGCUAGCGGCGAGCUGUGUUACGCCGAUGCGGGCACAAAGAAGGUCGAAUGUAUCGACACCUACAGCAAACAGAUUCGCACGAUCGCAAGUAACCUGACCUAUCCUUUCGGGCUGGCCGUCACCGAUGAUCUGUUCUACUGGACGGACUGGAUUACGAAAAAGAUUGAGAGCAUCAACUUGUACGGUGUGCGCCAGAAACCGAUCAACUCGCCGGUGUUCGGCAAUCAUAAGAUGUACGGCAUGACCGCCGUUACGGACAAAUGUCCACUGUUCCACAGUCCCUGUGUCAUCAACAAUGGCGAAUGUACGGAGGACAAGCUUUGCCUGAUCAAUCCGCGCGCUCCAUCGGGCCGUAGCUGCAAGUGCAUCCGCAACUGCAAUGACGUCAUAUUAGACUACUAG